AUGGCGGAAGAGCAAGAUGAGAAGGAUGUAGCAGUCUCCGAAGAGUCUUUGAAGGUUCCUGCGAAGGAUGGGUAUGAGAAUGAACUUCGUGUGUUUAGGUCGGCGAAAGCUUCGACUCCUGGACCGUUGAUUGUGCUGUAUCAUGGUGGAGGCUGCAUUCUAGGAAGCCCGACGAUGGUUGCCGAUGUUGCCAGGUGGCUGGUGAAGAAGUACAACGCCGUCGUUGCGGCGCCGGCAUAUCGUCUAGCCCCUGAGCAUGUCUUUCCGACUUCAGGAAACGACGCUUGGGAUACCUUCUCCUGGGUUGCCAAGAACGCCACCACGACUCUGCGAAGUGAUCCAUCGAAAGGCUUCAUCAUUGGCGGAGUCUCAGCUGGAGCCACCAUGUCCAUUAUCAUUGCCCAUCUUGCUCGGGACAACAAAGUCGAGCCAAAGAUCACCGGCGUCUACUCAGCAUGCGGAUCGAUUCGACCGCGGGAUAUCAACGACAUGGAGCCCAAAUACCGCGAGCGAUACCUGAGUCGAGACCAAAAGGAGUGCAUAUACAACCCCGUCCUCUCCAAAGAAAUGUCAGACUUCAUGGCUGCCUGCUACCAAGCCGACACAAAAUCGAAGCUGUACGCACCCCUGAUGUGGCCGGACGGCGAAGGGCACAAAGGGUUUCCCAGGAUAUAUCAACAAGUCUGUGGACGAGAUCCUGGCCGUGACGAAGUCUUCAUCUUCGAAGAUAUCCUCAAGGGUUUGGGCGUGGAGACGAAGACGGAUCUGUAUCUGGGGCUGCCACAUUGCUUCUGGAUAGGACUGAAGUCUCUCCCAGAAGGGAAGCGUUGGGAGAGGGAUACUGUCGAUGGUAUCGGGUGGCUACUAAGGCCUUGA